AUGGGAGUGAUCGAUAUGACCGAAUUUUGCGUCUCAAUUUGCAAACCCGAAAUUAUCGCCUUGAGGAUUAUAUGCGCCAUCGGAUGGCCGAAGUGGGCUAAGAUAAAACGACUGCACAAUAGUCGCCAGAACCUUCCCAUAGCACGAUUUCGUGAACCUCUGCUGGCCGAGUUGGCGAAGCAGCAGGUGCUUGUGGUUGCCGGGGACACGGGCUGUGGGAAGUCUACACAAGUGCCCCAAUACUUGGCAGAAGCGAAGGCGGCGAAUGGCGACGACGCGCCGAGAUUCAAGCGCAUCGCUGUCACACAACCUCGGAAGAUCGCCUGUGUCAGCUUGGCUGCUCGCGUCAGCACUGAAAUGCUCUGUGAGAAAGGCACUAAAGUUGGCUACCAGGUCCGCUUUGAGAAGCACAAGUCAAAGGCCACGCAAAUCCUCUUCCUCACGGAGGGCCUUCUCCUACGUCAGAUGCAGUCGGACCCCUUUUUGAAGGAGUACGACGUGGUUGUGUUGGACGAGGUUCACGAACGCCACUGGCAGACAGACUGUCUCCUGGGUCUCAUGAAAUGUCUUGUCAUGGCGAGACCGGAGAUGCGACUUGUUUUAAUGUCGGCUACCAUCAAUGUGAACCUCUUCGCUAACUUCUUCGGCAAUUGUCCCAUUCUGGAGGUUCCAGGCCGUCUGUACCCGAUUACCGUCAAGUACUGCCCACUAACACCGGCAGAAAUUGCCGCCUCUGAAGACCGCAUCGACCCGGGCCCCUACGUGCGGCUGUUGCAGCACAUCGACAACACGUAUUCCAUUUCGGAACGCGGCGAUCUUCUUGUCUUCCUCGCCGGGAUGGCCCAGAUCCAGACCGUUAUGGAAGCUUGCAAAGCCUAUGCGGAGCAAACCAAACGGUGGAUUGUCCUGCCUCUUCACAGUGCCCUGCCGGCCUACACCCAGGAGAAGAUCUUCCACACCCCACCUGACGGCGUGCGGAAGUGUGUUCUCGCGACGAACAUCGCCGAGACUUCGGUUACCAUCGACGGAAUCAGAUUCGUAGCCGACUCGGGGCGCGUGAAUGAGUUGACGUGGGAUUCGUUGUCUCGAAUGCGUCGGCUGAAGGAAACUGCAAUCUCGAAGGCUAGCGCGGAUCAGCGCAAAGGCAGAGCUGGUCGCACGGGUCCCGGUGUAUGCUUCAGGUUCUUCAAAGAGGAAGACUACAAUGAAUUCCAACCCUUCACCACUCCCGAGAUUCGCAGGGUCCCACUGGACCUCUUGACCCUCCAGCUAAUGGCCAUGGGGCUGCCAGACGUCAAACGCUUCCCCUUCAUCGAACCACCCGAGAUGAAGUCGCUUGACGAGGCGCUUGAAACCAUCGUGUCCCAUGGGGCAGGUGUCAGGUGCAACGAGGAUCAAGUAUCGAUCACACCGCUGGGCCGCCUGCUAGCCGAUCUGCCUGUUGACCUCGCAAUUGGUCGGAUCCUCAUAAUGGCCUCGCUUUUUCGGCUGACCGAGCCCGUGCUCAAUUUGGCCGCCGGCGUCGCAGUGCAGAACCCAAUUGGCGCCGCUAGAUCCGGAGAGAGUCGACUUCGACAAGCUGAAGCCCUGCAGCCCUUCGAAAGCGACCACGGCACGCCCUUCAUGAUAGCCGACAUCUUCGACGAGUGGGUCCAGAUGAAAUCGCGUUCGGCUGCUCGACUGGGUCUCAUCCGACGCGACGCCGAUACCGACGACCGAGUCGGGGAUGUCGGGGCCGACGACAAGCACAAUUCCACCCAGCGCUGGGCUCGGCGUCUGGGUCUGGAAGAGCAACGCCUCUACGAGAUGGUUCGUCUGCGUGGACAAUUCCUCGACCUGCUUCGCGAGGCGGGUCUCUACAGUGCUGGGGAAAGAGCGGCGUCGAAGAAGUUGGCCGGAACAGGUCAUCGUCGGGCGCUGCAUCACGCCCAGCAUAGGGAACACCUGAAGAAUAAGCGGAAACGAGUGCUCACCCUGCAGGAUAAUGAAGACGCUGUCAACUCAGACAGUGGAGAUGACGAAGACCGGCGGGGUUCAGUGAACGCCGCCAGCAUUUCACGCCUCCACAGCUGGUUGACGGGUCGAAAAGGUGGCAAGGUUGGUGACCUUGGGGGGUCUCUGGAGGGCACCGGUAUCUCUGUCCGUGACCUCGAACUCGUCCUGUGCCACGACCUUGAUGGCCUCACCGAGUGGGCGGAUAUCCACAGGAGACGCACCCACGGCGACCUCCUCCUGCUGAAGGUUGUCCUCGCUAGUGGCCUCUACCCCCAACUCGCUGUACCCGACCCCGCCAACGCCUACAGGGUCGCCAACAAGGGCGGGGCUGCUGGACCUGGGGCUGAAAUGGUCUUCCACACACCAACAAAGGCUUUCGUGGCACUGCAGCCGAACGACGUCUUCGUGAAACACCCAGACUGUCUGUUUCCACGCAGUCGCGACGGUGAGGAGCCUCCAGCAGACCGCGAUGCCGCAGAUGCCUCCACAUCACGUCCCCCUUCGUCCCACCCUCCACCCAGACCGGGACACAAGGCUGUUGGCAGCCAGUUCGCCACAGACCACCAGUUGCUUGCUUAUCUUGACCUGCUAGAAACCACGAAGCCCUUCCUCGUAAACACCAUUCGCGUUCCUGCCCUCCCGAUUCUCCUCCUGAAUGCCCGCGAAAUUGACACCAACGCCAACGUCACCAGACUCGUCUUCGAUCGGUGGAUCGAGAUUGAGCUGCUAGACCCUGAGGCCGCCCAGAGAUCGUUGGCAGCUGCAAUCUGGCUCCGAACCAGCCUCGAUCGGCUGUUGCAAAUCAAACUUGAAGAAUCGCAGAGUCGUCGGUUAAGAAGCACCGAUCAGAGCGGGGAGGACGGUUUCACGGAGCGGGAGAGAGAGGAGACCGCAGCCGAGAACACAAACAGGGCCAGCAAGCGAGAAUUGGAGUGUCGUCGGCUUCAACGCCUACUCUGCGAGAACUUGGCCGCCUUCCUGGGCCAGAAGACCUCUGGACUGCACACGUUGAGGAAAUUGAACGCGGUCGACGCCAAAUCCAUGUUCGUGACACAUUCCACAGACAAAGCCGUCCCCUCCGCACCCACCACCACCUCCUCCUCAUCAUCAUCAUGUAAGCCCUCAGUGGAUGGAAUCGUGUUUGACGGAUGUGUGGUAGGGAUUGUUGGCUUUCCCGAGUGCUCCAAUGUCGUUCAUGUUAACCCAGAGAAAGGCGGGUUCCAGGUCACUCCGUACCUCACCAUCAACUCGCUGCGCGCAGUUGUGCCACGAGGCAGAAAGCCCACAGCCAGUGGCGCGGAUGAAGAGGAUUCUGGAGACGAGGAGUCCAGCGAGACGACAGAGGGUCUGGGUUGUCUAGACCUGGCUCUCCGUCUUCACAGGCAGGUCGCACUGGCCUUGGGGGCUGGGAGAGGCGAGAAACCACAGCAACAAGACAACCCCUCGUCCGACGAGAACACGGGCUUUGAAGAGGAUGCGGACGCGGGAAAGACUAACAGGUGCGAUCGCUGUGGCAAAACGCUGCCUUCUAAGCCAUCCGCUGCCGACUUGCUUCGACACAAGAAGCACUGCAGAUGA